AUGGGUCUCGGGUUCAACAUCGCGCUCGCCAUCUUCGCGGGCACGGGGUCCUUCCUGUUCGGCUACGACAGCGGCGUCAUGACGGAUGUGAUUCAGUCACCGCAUUUUCUCAAGUUCUUCAACACGAACCCUGAGACGGCGAUUAUUGGGGCGAUCAACUCGACGUUUUCGGGCGGGGCGGUGUUUGGGAGUCUGAUGGGCGGUCUUACGAUGGACAGUCUGGGGCGCAGAUGGACGGUGCUGGUGGGCGCGGUGAUCAAUCUCGUCGGCGCGGCGAUGCAAUCUGGAGCGCAGAACCUGGCGAUGAUUCUCGUAGGACGCAUUCUCGCGGGGUGGGCAGUGGGCGUGCUGUCCAUGUCUGUGCCGAUUUACCAGUCCGAGUGUGCGCAUCCGAGCAAGCGCGGUCUCAUCGUGGGCAUUACCCAGCAGAUGAUCGGCAUCGGCUUCAUCGUCUCGACCUGGGUGGGCUACGGCUCCGCCCACGUCCCGGAAACUAGCUCUUUCUCGUGGCGCUUUCCGCUGGGCUUCCAGUGUAUCCCGUGUCUGAUCCUCAUCUGCGGCAUCAUGUUCUUCCCCGAAUCCCCGCGGUACCUCGUCGAGACGGACCGUGCUGAUGAGGCGCUCACGGUCCUGCGCAGACUGCACUUCAACGGGCGUAACGAGGACGAUAUCCAGGCGCAGUUCCACGAGAUCAAGACGACGAUUGAGGCGGAAAAGGCUGUGACGGCACCAGGGUGGCUGAUCAUGUUCAAGGUGAAGCAGUGGCGGACGAGGCUGCUGCAUGCGACGUUUAUGCAGGUGUUUACGCAGAUGACUGGCAUCAACGUAAUCGGCUACUACCAAACCGUCAUGUACAAAAACCUCGGCAUAGAAGGCAAGCGCAACCUCCUCGUAACCGGCAUCUACAACGUCGUCGGCCCCGUCUUCAACGCCUUCUUCAUCACCUUCCUCCUCGACAAGGUCGGCCGUCGCAAGCCGCUGCUCUUCGGCACCAUCGGCAUCACCAUCGCGCUCAUAUGCGAGGCCGCGAUAGGCAGCCAGGUCCCCAGCGCUACCGGCGCAAGGAAGGAUAGUCUGAGCAUCGCAGGUGUGUUCUUCAUCUUCAGCGUCUCGGCUAUUUUCUCCUGCUCGUUUGGCCCGAUCAGCUGGGUCUACGCGUCCGAGAUCAUGCCGCUCUCCAUUCGCGGGCGCGGGUCCGCCUUCGCCACUGGUAUCGGCAACUGGCUCGUGUCCACGGUGUGGAGUCAGGUCUCGCCCAUCGCGCUCGCGGAUAUUACCUACAAGUUCUACUUCAUCUUCGUGGCGUGGAAUCUCUUUGUUACGCUGCCGGCGGUGUUUUUCUUGUGGAAGGAGACGAAGCAGCUGAGUCUAGAGGAAAUCGAUUUGCUGUUCGGGGAUAGGGCGCUGGGGACACUGCCGGAUCACUUGGGGGAUGCCAAGGAGGCGGAUGUGGUGCAUGAAGAGGCGAAGAGGCUUUAUCUUGACAACUUUAGGAUCACUCGGAUCCAUUGA